AAAACAUUUCAGUGUGGCGGGGGUGAACUCUGGGCGGAAGACUGGGUGGGUGCAAGGUUCGCUGCCGGUUGCUAAUACAGGAGGGACCAGUUGUCAUGGCGGCGGAGAGCGAGUCGGAAUGGACCGAGUUUUUCUCCAACUGCGUGCCGCCGCCCAACGCGGACGCCUCGGCCCAGGCCAUGGGCGAGUUCGCGGUGCGACACGCCAGGCAGGGCCGCAGGGUGGUGCUGGUGACCUCGGGCGGCACCAAAGUGCCGCUGGAGUCGCGGACCGUGCGCUUCCUGGACAACUUCAGCAGCGGCUGGCGCGGCGCCGUGUCCGUCGAGUACUUCCUCCAGCUGGGCUACGCCGUGAUGUUCCUGCACCGCCACCGCUCGCUCUACCCCUUCUCCCGCCGCUACUCCGGCCUCAACAUCCUGGACGCGCUGAAGGCCGUGCUGGACGCCAGGACCACCCGCUGGCGGGUGGAAGCCGACCAGACGGCGCUGCCGGACAUCGUGCCGGUGCUGCAGCGGUACACGGCCGUGCGGGAGGCUGGCCUGCUCCUACCCGUAGAAUUCAGCACCUUGUCUGACUACUUGUACCUGCUCAGGGCGGCGGCUCAGGCGCUCAACCCCAUCGGACCAAAGGCAAUGUUCUACCUCGCAGCAGCAGUGUCGGAUUUCUUCAUUCCUGCGUCAGAGAUGCCAGAGCACAAAAUUCAGUCGGGUGCUAGCCCUCUGCAGCUAACUAUGCAAAUGGUACCCAAGAUGCUUGCACCUCUUGUGAAGGACUGGGCUCCUCAUGCAUUUGUCACAUCCUUCAAGUUGGAGACUGAUUCGUCACAGCUGGUCGCUCGAGCACGUAAAGCUUUAGCAACUUACAGACAUCAGGUUGUUGUUGCCAAUGUCCUUGAAACACGGAGGGUGUACGUUCUCAUAGUCACAGAGGAUUCUCAGAUUGAUCUAGCACUUUCAGAGAAUGAAGUGAAGCAGCACCGAGAAAUCGAGGAGAAGAUUGUGAAACAUUUGAGUGAAUGUCAUACUAAUUUUAUAGAAAAGAACAGAAAUCCCCAAUAAGUAGAUUGAAGAUGAGUUACUAAGGAUCAUCUGUACGAGAAAAGAAUAAGCUAUUGGAAUGAUGGAAGAAAAGAAUGAAAUCUUACAGAUGUGACCAAAGCCAGCUGGGAGAUCUGGUGUUAUGCUUAAUGUUUUUUUAAAAAGCAUAACAUUUGUGUGGUCUGGGUUAACUCUAACUGCAAUCAGAAAAGUUUUAAAGUUCCUCUUUGAUCCAGCAACUGCCUAAUAAAAAGUAACAUGGCAUCUUAAUCAGUAAGCAGGUAGAGCUUUUCCUGACUAAAGGGAGCUCAGUGUUGCUUUUUAAGUACUAAGAUGUUCCAGUAUCAUUGGAUGGGAGUAAAACUAUCACUAUAGUCAGUGAAGCAAUGGUUAAUAAGUUGUGAACUUCCAAGUCAGAAUUUUACAGUAUUAAUCUUCAAAUAUGCUAUAGUUGUAGAGAUUGCUGAAUGCAAUAGAUAUCUUGACCCUGCUAUUAAAUAAAACACAAUGAUGUACCUUAAUUUCCCUCAUUUGUUGAUAUGUAAUGACAGUAAUCACAGUUAUAUUAAAUGUGCAUUCAGUUCGCAGGGAUGGAUUUAAAGCAUUCCUAUCCUUUCACUGCUAUCUUUACUCAUUGUUCUGUAGGCAGCAGUAGUAGGAAUAUGAUUUUUCUUUGAGCCUUUAUGAUAGUUAGGAGUGCACCAAACUACAAUGUCAGUACGGGGGGGAGGGAUAAAGGUAACACAGUUUGUUCUUUCCUGUAUCCCUAAUUCAUUUCCAGCUCACCUGGAAGAGUUGUCAAUACCUCAACCACUGCCUUCAAGGUACCACCUUAAUAGAUGAAUCUCCAAAGCUCAACUUUUAAAAGCCAAAAUACAAUUUGAACCAUAUUAUCGUACCAACUUCUAAUAAUUCAAGUUUGUCCUUUUAUAGUAAAGACAGUAUUCGGAUGAAGUAUUUCUAGUGUGCAUUAGUGACUCUAUACAGCACACUUAUAGGACUGAUACAACAAGCUAGAACAGCAAUCACAGUCAGUAAACAAGUUGACUAUACAAUUUGAAAAAGUUAAACAACAACUGACUGACAGCAUUCCUCAUCUAUUGAUCCCUGCACAUUUUGAAUGGCUGUGGCACUUACAUUGGAGGACUUUGCAUAGAAUGACACAUCUGCAAUAUUCAGAUGGAGGAAAAUCACUUAGCUCCCCAGCAACAUGUAGAUACUAACUUUUGCCACCAUUUUGAUGGAGAGGUUAACUAUUUUAA